AUGGCUACUGUUCAACCUUAUGCCCUUUAUGAUGUUUUCUUAAGUUUUCGAGGUGAAACUCGUAAGAAUUUUACAGAUCAUCUUUAUACAGCCUUGAAGCAAUCAGGAAUCCGCACUUUUCGGGAUGAUGAUGCGAUGGACAGAGGAAAACUGCUGAAGCCAGAGCUAAAGAAAGCCAUUCACAAGUCUGCAGUUUCACUUAUUGUCUUCUCAAAAAGCUAUGCAUCCUCGAAGUGGUGUCUCGAUGAGGUUUUGAUGAUUAUUGAAGAACACGAGAGUUUAUCCUCUAAGCAUGAAGUCAUACCUGUGUUCUAUAACGUGGAGCCAUCUGAUGUUCGAAACCAAAGAGGAAGCUUUAAAGAAGCAUUUGAUGGGUAUGAUGAUAUAAUCAAGGCGGAAACAGAUCAUCAGAAGAAGAGAGAGUGGUUGGAGAAGGUAGGGGCAUGGAGGGAUUCUCUUAGAAAAGCUGCAACCUUCACAUGA